AUGUCCGAAUCACAGGCAGUCUCGGAUUUUGCACUGGAGAAGACACUCAAAGAACAACGUGAAUAUUUACCAGUAUUCGCGGUACGACAGAAAAUGUUGAAUGUGAUUCGUGACAACAGUGUUGUGAUUAUCGUCGGUGAAACGGGUAGCGGUAAAACCACUCAGUUGGCGCAGUAUCUUCUUGAAGAGGGCUACGGAAAUGCGGGUAUGAUCGGUUGCACGCAACCCCGUCGUGUGGCAGCAAUGUCGGUGGCGAAGAGAGUGAGUGAGGAAAUGGGCGUUGAGUUGGGACAAGAAUGCGGUUAUGCGAUCCGAUUUGAGGAUUGCACUUCGGAGAAUACGAGACUCAAAUAUAUGACCGAUGGUCGUACUUUUCCGGUGGAAAUAUUCCACGCUCGAACGCCAAUGGAGGACUACGUUGAUACAGCUGUGAAGCAGGCAGUAAAAGUUCAUUUGGGUGGAACAGAAGGUGAUAUUCUUAUCUUUAUGCCUGGUCAAGAAGAUAUUGAGGUGACAUGCGCAUUGAUAAAGAGUCAGUUAGAAGAGUUAGACGAAGCACCUCCGCUAGCCGUCUUACCGAUUUACUCUCAACUACCCAGCGAUUUACAAGCGAAAAUCUUCCAAAAGGCUCCAGGCGGUAUCCGAAAAUGUAUUGUUGCAACGAAUAUUGCUGAGACAUCGUUAACUGUGGAUGGAAUUUUGUUUGUGAUAGAUCCAGGAUAUUGUAAGCUGAAAGUGUUCAAUCCGAGAAUUGGUAUGGAUGCUUUGCAGGUUUGUUUUGAUUGA